AAAGCAUCUGUUCACGUGAAUCCAUCGAUUCUAUUUUGUAACUGGUUUUUCGCUCUAGAAUCAGAUCUGCUGAAUCCUCAAGCCAAGCCAAGAUUAUCACUCAAGGUUAUCAAUAGAAGGAACAGAAAAAGAAGGGAAGUUGGUGGGGAAGAUGGAGAGGCUAAGCUUAUGUAGAAGAAAUAGGAGAGAUGACAAAGACAGGUUGAGUGAGUUGCCUAACAACUUGCUGCUUCACAUUAUGAGUUUUAUGGAGACAAGGGAUGCUAUUCAAACUUGUGUUUUGGCUAAAAGAUGGAAGAACCUGUGCAAACGUCUCAAUAAUCUCUCUUUCAAUUUCGAGUAUAGCAGAAGCCGUAACAAUUUUCAAGAUUUUGUAUACUGGACUUUGUUUAGACGAGAUCACUCAAUUUCAUUGCUGAAGCUUCGGAUAUAUUCUUAUUUCUCCUGUUACAGACAGCUUGAACUCUUAUACUGUGUCAUGGAAUAUGCUGCCAUGCACAAUGUCCAGCACUUGGACAUAGAUAUGGACGUAGAUAUAGAAUUAAUUGGUCGUUUCAGCUUUGAGUUUGACCCUUUUGUUUAUUUCUAUCCAUCUUUGACAACUCUACGGCUUUCUGGGGAUAUAUUUUGCCCUACUCCUACUCUAAAACUCCCUAAAAUUCUCAAGUCACCUGUUUCAUUAGAAACCUUGCGUCUCGUCUAUGUAUCUUUUACUACAAGUGAGAAUAACAUCGCUGAUCCAUUUUCAAAUUGUAACUUUUUGAAUACCUUGGUCCUUGUCCUAUGUUCUUUGGACAAGGAUGAGAAUGAUAAAUUCUUUCACAUAUCUAAUUCUAAUCUCUCCAAUUUGGUACUGGUUGGCUCUACAUGUGAUGUUUUCAAAAUUGUCCUUUCUACUCCAAAUCUUAGAUCUCUCACUCUCAACCAAAUCUGUUCUGAUCGAAUUUCCUUUGCAUGUAACCUCUUAUUUCUUGAAGAAAUAAUUAUUGACUCCUGUCUGUAUAAUCCUGUUUGCUCCAUCUGGCUAGAUGUGUUCAGUAAUGUUAAGAAGAUGACUAUCACUACCUGUACCCUUGAUACUGUACUAGAUGAUCUAGCAGGUCUUGAAAUAAGAAUUACUCAAUCUCCUCGCUUUGCUAGAUUGGAGUCACUGAUCGUGAAAAAGGAUCCAUGCAUGGAAUUUUCUGAUGUAAAAGUGAAUCGGAUACUGAAGUAUAUACUUCAGAACUCUCCAUUAGCUAGGGUUGAUCUCGUGAAGAAUGGAAAGUUAUAUCCCUAUUCCAUUCUUAAUUAUAGGCAUCCGUGAAAGAAAUGCAGCACUGGGAAAAUUUAAGUUCAAGAGGAGGUCGAAGAGUAACACAGAUAGAAAUGAGGACAAGGGAAUGAUCGUGAGAACUGAAUUUGUUCUGCUUCUUAUGACGAAAUUUAAUAGUUUAAUUAAUCUUUAUGUUUUGUAUGAGUUCAUACAUUGACAUCCUAUUAUAGGUUAUUGUGUUGUUGUGAGUUUCUUGUUUAUCUCCUUUUAGAAUUUAGUUUGUUGUUUUGAAUGAAUUAAAACUCUUAUGUUAUCGUUGUUUUGAAUGAUGUGCUUGA